UUAACAGAAUAUUCUGCUUUAGGUAAUUGAAAGUUAUCCAAGUCCAGAAAGAGAGAAUGAAGGAAGAAAGUCUCCACAAUCUACGCCUAAUAAGGGUUCUCCGAAGAUAAACAAGUUUAGAAAAGGAAGGAAGUUAAUGACCCCUGGAACCAGAUCAUCAUCAAGGUUGUCUCUUUUAAAUGCUAAACCUUCAGCAGAACCUUCAUUGGUUGUAUCAGCGCCCAAAGCUAUUUCUGCUUCUCUGGAGAAAUGUUCUUCCCAGGAUGAUUGCAUGAGAGGUUCUCUCAUGUCAGCCCAGAUUAAUGAACCUCAACCUGAUUGCUAUGCUGAAGUAGAUCCAGUCUUGAACAUAUCUCAAUGUAGCAGUAAAAAAUCUUCAAUAAUUUCUAAGGACUGCGGCUCAGAUAAUGAUGAUGGUGGAAUGUCCCUCCAGGAUGAUUCAGAGCUGAAUAGCGAGAAGGGGUCUAAUCACGUAGAAAAGGGUCCUGUUGAUGAUGCAGUGAGUAAUGGUUCACCCCUGAGCUGCGAUACUUCGGUUAACUAUAGUCCUCACAGCACUCCAAUGACCCUGAAAGCUCCACCUAGUACUCCUGUGAACUCUGCUCGGAUUUCCGAAAGUGUUCUGAAGAAUUCUGCUACCAGAAAUCCUACUCGGCAUAUCAGAUAUAGAGAUAGAAGAGGUUCUGCUGGAUUUGUGGAUUGGAAGACAUAUAUACCAAGAAUCUUUGAGGACCUAGAUCAUGGAUUGUCGGAUGUCGAAACAGAUUCAGAUUUCUCAGAGGAAGAAGACAAAUCUGAAGUGGGUGCUGAUGAAUGCGAGGGCAUUGAUUCUGAGAACCAUGAUCAUGAUGAUCUUUCUGUGGUUGAAACUGAAGAAUCUACAGAAACAAAGACUGACACCAACAGGGAAGAUCUUGAAGAUAAUCCUUUUGCAGAAUUGCAAGAUGAUGAAGCAAGUUCUUUUCCUGCUCUCCUCAAAAGGAAAUGUUCUCAGGAUGGGAAGAAAAUCUCUGUCAAAAAUGACAUCAGUGAUACUGAAAUGGAGCUUGAUGGUGUGGAUGUCAUGAGCAGUAAGGAUUCUGGGAAGAUACCUGAAGAUCAUGAUCCUAAUGAUGAAGCUGCUCCUAAAGAGGAGAUCUGUGACCCUAAGAGUAUGACCGAAGUAUCCAAGAAGCCAGGUUUUAUAGACCGUGAUAUAUUUGAAAGCUCAGAUGAGGAGGAGGAAGAGGGAAACUAUGAUGAAUAUGAAAAGGAUCCUCUUGCAAAUAUGUUUGAUAAAUAAAUUGAACAAUUUUUUUGCAUCUUGUCAGUUUGAGUAAAAAUGUUAGUCUAUGUAAUUUAUUAACCAAUUUUCUCCACUCAUUGUAAAUUGUAUUAAUAGCAAAGCAUGCCAAUAUUUUAUCAGUAAGCAAUAAGCAUGUAUUCUUUAUUUUCAG